GACAGUUUGUUGACUGUGUGUCACGCGGUAGUACUGUGACUGUUAUUUUUUUCCAUAAUGACUUCCAGUUCUCCUUUGGUUAAGAGUUGUUUAAGACGUGAUAAAGUAAAUAUUUGAACGUUACCUAGCAUCUGUGUUCAUGGAGACAACCGCUCUCCCUGGGACGUGUUUUAAUAGUUAAAGGUUCGAGCUCUUACUAAUCUGAUAGUGACCCAAGCCUGAGUUGGAGGACCAUGGCCAACAACAGGGAUAUCAGUGAGAGCACCCCUCUCCUGGAAUCUUCUGGGAACAGACCUCCACCACCAUCAGUUUUCCAGGGCAGACGACUAGCAUGUGCAGCCAUUCUUCUGGCCGAGUCAUUGGAGAGGAUUGCUUUCUACGGCAUCACAUCCAACCUGGUGCUUUUUCUCAAUAGCAGUCCUUUUUAUUGGGAGGGCACACAGGCGAGUCAGGCACCUCUGGUGUUCAUGGGAAUCACUUACCUGAUUUCACCAUUUGGAGGCUGGUUGGCCGACGCAUACCUUGGGAAGUUCUGGACAAUUGCUGCAAGUCUCAUCCUAUAUUUUGCAGGUUUUCUGUUUUUUCCUUUCAUUUCAAAUGAGGACACCAGGAUAAACCUAUGUGGGGAUGAGCUGGCAUUUCCUGUGCAACCUGCUGAGUGUCUGAGCACCAACAGUACUCCCUCGAGCAACAUAACCUGCCCCGUACGUGCUGCAUACUGUGGGCCUGUGGUCUACAGUGGACUCUUCUUAAUUGCUUUAGGUGUGGGUUCUGUGAAGUCCAACAUCACUCCAUUUGGGGCAGAUCAGGUGAAAGACAGAGGACCAGAGGCAACGCGCAGAUUUUUCAACUGGUUCUACUGGUGCAUCAACUUAGGAGCCAUCGUGUCUCUGGGGGGCGUGGCCUACAUCCAGCAAAAUUUCAGUUUCGAGCUUGGCUACAUCAUUCCAUCAGUGUGCCUUGGCGUCUCUUUUGCGGUGUUUCUCUUGGGCCGCACUGUCUUCAUCAACAAACCUGCUGAUGGCAGUGCCUUCACAGACAUGUUCAAGAUCCUGAGCGUUGCCUGCUGCUCCCGAAAACCCAAGGAACCAAACUUGCUGCGCAACAAACCAACACUACUAGAUAGUGCCAAAGUGACCUAUGGAGGAAAAUUUCCUGAAGAGAAAGUAGAGGAAGUGAAAGCCCUGGUGAAAAUCCUCCCAGUUUUCUUUGCCCUCAUCCCGUAUUGGACUGUUUAUUUCCAGAUGCAGACAACAUACGUCCUGCAGAGCCUCCACCUGAAGAUUCCUGAUGCUUCCUCGAACAGAACUGUGGAUUCCCACCAGAUGACGUUCCGCUUCCCGACUGCCUGGCUCACCAUGUUUGAUGCCGUGCUCAUCCUUAUGCUGAUCCCCCUGAAAGACAAAGUGGUGGACCCCAUCUUGAAGCGUCGUGGCCUGCUGCCCUCGUCUCUGAAGAGGAUUGCAGUGGGGAUGUUCUUUGUCAUGUGGUCGGCCGUGGCAGCGGGUAUUUUGGAGACCAAGCGCCUGGAGAUCGUCAAAUCAAGCGGUACCAUUGACCAGGUGCUUGGCAACGUUAUCUUCUACGCGGCAGAUUUGCCCAUAUGGUGGCAAGUGCCUCAGUAUGUGCUGAUAGGAAUCAGCGAAGUCUUUGCCAGCAUUGCAGGUCUGGAGUUUGCGUAUUCUGCAGCCCCCAAGUCCAUGCAGAGUGCCAUCAUGGGGCUCUUCUUCUUUUUCUCUGGGAUUGGCUCCUUUGUCGGCUACGGCUUGUUGGCUCUUGUCUCACUCAAGGAGAUCGGCUGGAUGUCGUCCCACAGAGACUUCGGUAACAUCAACGACUGCUCUCUGCACUACUACUUCUUCCUCCUCGCAGGAAUCCAGGGCUUAACCUUGCUGGUCUUCCUUAUCGUCUCUGUCAAGUACGACAAGCAGAGGGGCAGAGCAGGAAGCCAAAGGCAGAGACACGUCUCCUCUUGACCUCAUGCACCUCAGUAUCCCACUCACCACACUUGCCUUCUCCUGUCAUGCCACUCAUUGCCUAAAGUCCCUGUUUAAUUGGUACGUACUAAUCUCAUCCUGCAAAAGCUGAGGUUUACCCCCACAUGUGAUUCUGUCCCGUCUAUAUCUAUGUGUUCUUUAUUUAUCGUUGUUUUUGCUUUUAUGUUUUUUUGCCUCUGAAUGGUUUGACAUCACUGGGUGAAUGCACAGGUACCACUGACCGUA